GAAAGCCGGCAUUCGAUUCCAGCAAACCUGCCCGUCCAGGACAAUCCCCAUCUGUGCUGUCGACGUUCAUUUCAAUUCAAUUCGAUCCAUAUUACAUACCCAGCUACAAUCGUCUGAAGUGUCCCGUGUCCACAUAUACUCGACCGACGCCGACUUAUCUUUGCGAAUCUCAUAUACCCACCCUUUCAUCCGUCCUCCACUCUACAUAGCCCUUCAUGGAUUUGGUAAACCAUCUCGAAGGCAGACUUCUCUUUGCCGUGCCCAAGAAGGGCCGCCUGUUGCAAGCCUGCUUGAACCUCCUCGAGGGUGCCGACAUCCAGUUUAGACGCGAGAACCGCCUCGACAUUGCGCUCGUCAAGAAUCUUCCUAUCGCCCUCGUCUUCCUUCCCGCCGCCGAUAUCCCCACCUUCGUCGGCGAGGGCCGUGUCGACCUCGGCAUCACUGGCUAUGACCAAGUUCAAGAGCACGAUGCCGGCGUCCGCACCGUUGCCCGCGCCCGCCGUCAAAGCGGCGAGUGGAGCGCCCAGGAUGGCGAGAAGGCCAAGCCUCAGGGUUGCGAUACCGUCAUGGAGCUGGGCUUCGGCGCCUGCAAGCUCCAGGUCCAGGUUCCCGUUAAGGGCGAGUACGCUACUGGCAAGGACUUGAUCGGCAAGAACAUUGGCACCAGCUUUGUUCACCUUGCGCAAGAAUACUUUGCCCGUCUCGAGCUGGAGCAGGAGGGUCUUGUGGAUGCGGACGCUUCCCAGCUCGCCGGCCGUAAGCUCAAGACUCAGAUCAUUGAGCUCAGCGGCAGUGUCGAGGCUGCCUGCGCUCUCGGCGUCGCCGACGGUAUCGUCGAUCUUGUUGAGUCCGGAGAGACCAUGAAGGCCGCCGGCCUCAUGGCCAUCGACACCGUCGUUGAGUCCUCCGCCAUCCUCAUCAAGUCCAAGGCCCCCAGCAACCCGGAGAUGGUCGAUCUGAUUGCGGCACGUAUUGGCGGCGUUAUUACCGCCCAAAAAUACGUGCUCUGCCAGUACAACGUCGAGCGCACCCGUCUGGCCGACGCCACUAAGAUCACUCCCGGCAAGCGCGCCCCCACCAUCACCUCACUCGAGACCGAGGGCUGGGUUGCCGUCAGCGCCAUGGUAGAGAAGAAGCGCAUCGCCACUGUCAUGGACGACCUGACCACCGUUGGUGCCACCGAUAUUAUUGUGCUCGAUAUUCACAACACCCGUGGCAGCAGGGCAUGAGUGAUUAGACAGGAGAAACAAAGGACAUAAUAGGCAAACAUAAAAAUGGAGAUAAAAGCAUUUAUUUGAGCCUAACUUGGAAAUUAGAGCGCAUCUGGGAAUUGAAAUAAGGGUAAGCA